UACUGUGCCAUAAUUGGAGAACACUACCUAGCAAUGUUCAAAGGUUCACAGCCUCGACAAUAAUUGAAUUGCGAUUUGUCCAAAAGAGAAAGAUUUCUUGUUUAUUAUCAAAUCUGUUCCUAUUAUCAGAUCAUGUCAGCCACAGCCCCUACGGAUUCUUCUAAUAUUACUUCUCCAGCGAAGAAGAAGAGCAAUAAGAAGAAGAAGAAUGCCAAAUCGAAAUCAAACGGAGAAGUACCUCAAAUUCAAGAUCAAGUGGACGAUCUCGCAGUAAAUGGAGCAGAAGAAGAAGAUGGGAAUCCAGAGGAAUCCGGGCAGUCAACUGUGAAUACUCCAAAGGAUGCCCAAUUUCCAUCAAGCAUAGAUUCGCAAACGAACGGGCGCAAAAUUGACUCCGAGGGUAAUGGCCAUACCAUUGCGCCAACACAAUCUAGCGCCGGGAAAGAAGAAGGGACCUCGGAAAGUAAUGGGUCAGAUGAAUUGGACUCGAGUGCUCGACUGGAAGCAAUGACGGCGGAACGUCAGGCAUUGCGCGCUGAAGUUGAACAACUAAGAAAAUCCCUCGAGGAUAUACAGGGCAAGCACACGGAAGAAGAUUCAACAGCCAAAGGCCAAUACUCCGAGAAUCUAUCAUCUGUCGAGGAAAAAUACAAAAAUGAGAUCACCGCACUCAAGAGCCAACAUGAGGAGGAAAUUUCUACAGUCCGAGCAGAAUUGGAGGAGACUGAAUCUUCAAGAGAGAAUUGGGAAUCUCAAUAUCAUACUUUACUCACACGCGUUAAUACGAUCAAAACUACCUUGGGCGAACGAUUAAAGGCAGAUAAAGAGGAAUUGGCGGAGGCCAAUGAGAAAAUCGAAGACUUGGAAUCACAAGUGGAAUCAUUUCAAAGUACUAUCCAAGGAUUGGAAGAUGAGGUAUCCAAAUUACGGAAUGAACUGAACGAAUCUUCCAAAGAACUUUCGACCAUGCGGAAUCGUAAUAAUUUAUCACAACAGAAUUGGGUCCACGAAAGGGAAGAUCUGCUUCAACAAGCUAAACAUCUCAAAGAGGAAGCCGAUGCUGCAAAAGAAGCCAUGGGAGAUUGGGAAGUUUUGGCUAUGGAAGAGAGAUCUAUACGAGAGAACCUGGAGAGUAGAGUUUCUGAUAUGGAGGAACAAUUUUCUGCUCAGAAAGAAGCAUACGAAACCACGGUCGCCGAACGCGAUAGCCAUUCUCAAGCGGUCGAUGGAUUACAACGAGCUUUACAGGAAAUUCAAGAGACUCGAAGACGAGAACUCCGGGAGAUGGUCGAAAGUUAUGAUGAGCAACUUCAAUCCUUGAAAAAGGUCGUUCAGGAGUCGGAUUCUAGAUGCGUGGAGGCUGAAACUUCGAAAGAGGCUCUACAAACAGAAUUGAAUCGACUUCUACCAUUCGAAAAGGAAGUCAAGGAAAAGAACUUGUUGAUUGGCAAACUUCGUCAUGAAGCCAUUGUGAUUAAUGAUCACCUCACGAAAGCAUUGAGAUUUAUCAAAAAGUCGAAAGUAGAGGACAAUGUUGAUAGACAAGUUGUCACAAACCACUUUUUACAUUUCCUCUCAUUGGAUCGUUCGGAUCCGAAGAAAUUUCAAGUACUACAAGUCAUUGCUUCAUUGUUGAACUGGACAGAUGAACAAAAAGAGCAAGCCGGUUUAGCAAGGCCAGGUGCUUCGAGUAAUAGUUUACGUUUACCAAUGUCACCAUUCCACCGAACACCAAGCACACCAUCCUUAUCCACGGAAUUCUUUACCGAGCCCUCAAAUUCUCAAAAGGAAUCUCUAUCAGAACUAUGGACAGGAUUUCUAGAAAAGAGCGCCGAGGAAGGAAGUGUCAAAGAUGGUAGAAGUGAAAGCGUCAGUAGCUCAGCUACUCUCGCCACAAAAUAGGAUAUUGGAAAGGAAGGGGCUUUGUCAUUUGUGAAAUAGAUUGAGGUGUAUAUUAGCUACAUUGCGAGGGCGUUUCACUGGGUGUGAGACUGGGUGUUGUUAUGGUUUUCACGCCGUCUGUUUAUUGUGCUACGAGGAUCUUUUUUCAUGGCGUUGCUCGUGGAAUCUUUAUCCCAUUUCGUUUUGGCAAGUGGCAUAUCAUAUAGGGUCUUGGUGGGCUUGUUAGCACCAAAAUAUCUUGUGUUCAGGAGAAAUUUUAAUAUUGGGUUUCUUGAUUAUGUCGCUCGUUUCUGAGGUUUAUGUCUUGUUUUAGUGAUGUGUACUUUGUAGUGCGAUGAUAAUUCCUUUCAUCAAGGGGUUGGGAUUACAAAAAGGGGACAGUUGGUGGAGUCUGAAAAUAGACGAGCUUUUGUAGGCUUGUCAUAACGUCCGCUCAUUUCAUCUAUGUUAGCUUCCCUGCACUGAAUAGAUCUUCUACGAAAACGACAAGUAAUGAUAA